AUGAUUGAUAGUGCUGAUGAAUUUAAAAGAUCAUUUGUAAAAGGAAUGGAGCGAUAUAAUGUUCCUAUAAGAGUUGUCGAUCUUUAUAGCUUUGAGAGCUUAGCAUUAGUUAAAAAAUUCAAACAAGAUUUGGCAAGACUUAUAUACAAAAUUCAAUAUGCCAUAGAGGGAAAACUCAAAGAAGGCAAUUUAUCAUUAUAUGCAAUGUCAUUGGGAGAAGUAAUACCUAAACUAGAAGGAGGGCAUAUGCAUAAAAAAACUGACCUGUGGUGGUCAUUGCGUAUCUAUAAAAUCAAAAAAGUUAUUGUUGGUAAAAAUCUAUCACAGCCAGUCUUAUACUAUCUUGAGGAUGAGCCAAUUGAUUCAACUAAACAUUUAAUAGGUCAUAAUCCUAAAAGAUCUUUUAAGAGAGAAGAGCUUCAAGAAAUCGAGAAUCCUAAAAAGAUUGAGUACUCACCUGAUGAGUUUAUACAAAAAUAUCACCCCUCUGGAUCGAUACAUUUUAUUCAUGUUUCUAAUAAUGAAUUUGACAGGGCACAACGAUAUGCUAGAAGACAUGAUGGAAUUAUCUUAGCUAAAACUGGGCGAAUAAAUAAUCAGAAUGUAUUCCUCUGGACUUGUGAAAAUGGACUGCGUCAGUUUGAGUACUCGUUUCCAUUGAUUGCAACGAAAUUUGAGUGGUGUCCACUUUGUUUUCACAAUAAGAAUGAGUGA